UCAAAUAUUUCUUGUGACAACAUUUAAACUUGACUUCAGUAAGCUGCGACUAUCCUCUUAUAAAUAAAAAAAAUUAAAACCAUCUGUUUGAGUUACAAUAACUUUUUAAGUCUUGGCACGUAUGAAAUUCCGCAUCUAUUAAUCGUCAUGAACUGGAACUAGCCGCAAGUUUUAAACCAUAAUGGAAGCGACUACGAGUCUCUCAUUUAUCGACGAUGACGAGGAGAUCGAUUUAAUUUUCAAUGGUACUGUUUUGGCUCCGGGAACAACCACCUUUGAACCCUAUAAAAGCAUUGGCCUCUGGGGUCUUUUGUUUAUAUUUCUCGUAAUUUUGGGCAUCAUUGCUAUCUGUUUAACUUGCAUGGCUCUGCUUGUCAUAUUCGGUUGCAUGAAGUCCUUUCUGUGUUUCCGCUGCAGACGAGGUGAAGAUUUUAUGGAAAGAGAUCCCUGAGAAGUGCUGCAGGUUUUCCUGGAUGCUUGCCGAAGCUAAAAUUUGUCCUAAUAAAUGUAUAUUUUUUGUAUCGAAA